AUUACUUGUCCUUAGAGAGAGAAAGAAGGGAAGGGUGCGUUUUGUAGAGGGAGAGAAUUCCAAACGCAAAUUCUAAGUUUCACUGAAGAGAAAAAAAAGUUGUUGGGUGUGGCGUUGGGUGGCUGAGUAGAAGCGGAUCGGCGCAACAGAUCUGUGAUGGAAGGAGUUGGGGCCCGAUUGGGUCGGUCCUCGACCCGUUACGGACCGGCCACGGUUUUCACUGGACCGGUGAGGAAGUGGAAGAAGAAAUGGGUCCACGUUUCCCCUUCUUCUGCUUCCAACACCAAUCACAAUCACAGUCACAAUCACAAUCACGCUUCUAACGGUAAUAACGGUUCCCAUCUCCUCCUUUACAAAUGGACCCCUCUCACCCAAAGCCAAAACUCCAACGGUAACGGCAACGGCAACGCCAAGGACGCGCCACCACAACCACCCGAAGAACAGCCCCGGAGAAAAUUCAAAUAUAUUCCGGUUGCUGUACUGGAGGAGCAGAGAAACGAGGCUGCAGAAAAUGAGGGUGCUGAAAAAGUUGAUGAUGAAUCUAAACCAGUUGAUGCUGAUUCAAGUGCAGCAGAACCAACACGCAAGAAUGAGACGUUGGAUGAGAAACCUGACAUAAAUGAUGUUCCAAUGGAAGAAAGUCAGGACAAAAAUCAGGUGGUGCGCCAGGAUCUGAAUGAAAGCACAUUGGAUUUAAGUUUGGGCUUGACAUCACAUGAUGACGAACAUGAUUCUGAUUCAAAAACUAAUCAAAGAGAUGGCCAGUAACACAAAGUGAAGUCAAGUGGUACUGAAAUAUGAACAGGGGCUUCGUGAUUCUCCGGAUAGUGAGAGCAUAAUUGGUUCAAUGUAUACAUUUGUCUGAUGGAAAGGAAAUUUCCCCUGGCUUUACUGAUUGUUUUAGGUUGAUGGCUUAUGCCUAUUGUAUUUUUUUUAAAUUCAGGUGUCGUUACUGGCCUGAUCGUAAUAUGUAUUGCAGGAACAGAUGCUAUACUUUUUUCCCAAUCAUUGGGCAUAUUUUUUUCCAGAUGUUUACCAAGAUAGGAUAUUCUGGACUUCGAAGCUACAAUCGUGUGGAGCUAAAUUGGAUUUUUUAAAAAAAUUCAAAUUACAUUCC